GCAUGAGGACUCUACUGCUGGUUCUCGGUUUGAUGUUCCCAGACACCAAAAUCGCUGAUCCAUGUGUUAACCACACAGUCUUGGACCCGACCAGGAGGAGCAUUGAAUUAGGUGUAAAGGAAUGCUCACACCAAAAUCAAUAUGGUAAAGAUCUCCAACAGGGAUGGUACAGGUUUAAUAGUUCUGAUGAAUGGAUGAUUCCAGAGAAUGCUAUCCCCAUUGAUCACUGCUGCACAAGGAGUACAGGCUGGUUAAAUGGUCGUCAUCCCUCCGUGAGUGAAGGGGAGGUAACCAGGACUAUCUGUUUUAGUUGGAAUAAUAAUAACUGCUUCUCCAGCCAAGGCAUCAUCAUCAAGAAAUGUCCCACUUUCUUUGUGUAUGAGUUGAAGCCGACAGAAUUCUGUAAUGCUGGAUACUGUGCAGAAAGAGUACCAACUCAAAGACACAAGGAUCCAACGGCAACAUUUUCGAUUGACGUUGCCUCGCCUGACUCUUCAGGGUCUGAGACUUCUACUUUGAAUUCGUUUACUCUUCCAACCAAACCUACGGAAUUUUAUAAUCUUCCGACUGAUGCUGAGCAAGAUACUCCGCAUCAAUGGGUUCAUGUGAUGAUCACUUCGGACGCAGAGAUUGACAACAAAGAGGCGAAGAAAAUGGCGCUAAAGACGCUUCAGGAAAUUGUCAAUGAUCGAGCCCGGAGAAAUGUGGAAAUAGUGCAGGAGGAGGGACACUGUGUGGCUGUGGUCGCUUCAGGACCUGAAGGAAACUGAGUGUGAUCGUGUGGCCCAAACACGUAGGCAUCGCCUUGCCUUGAUAAUCACAGGAUUGCUACAACUGGAUUGGCCUUCACACUUGCGACAUAACCAAA